CGCCUGCGUGUUUCCGCACAGCCUGCUGGUCCCUAAAGGAAGACGGUGUGAAAAUAAAAAGAUAGACCGCGUCUUGUUGUUCUAGUAUUAUAUUAUUAUUGUUGUUUUUCAGUUUCCUGAGGUCGAUUUUGACGGAGCGGAGCUAUGGCGCAGUACAAGGGAGCUGCGAGUGAGGGCGGGCGGGCAAUGCAGUUGAUGAAAAAGAGAGAGAAACAGCGGGAGGAACUCCAGCAACUCAAGCUGAAAAUAGCCGAGGAUAACAUGGUGAAGUCCAACAUUGAUAAGAAAUUCUCUGCGCAUUACGAUGCUGUGGAGGCUGAGCUGAAAUCCAGCACCGUCGGUCUGGUGACUCUCAACGACAUGAAAGCCAAGCAAGAGGCUCUGAUCAAAGAGAGAGAGAAGCAGCUGGCCAAGAAAGAGCAGUCCAAAGAGCUACAACUGAAGCUGGAGAAACAGAAGGAGAAAAAACGCAAGGAGGAGGAGAAGAGGAAGAUCGCCAGCUUGUCGUUCAACCCUGAGGAAGACGAGGGGGAGGAGGAGGAGGAGGAGGAGGAGGAGGAGGAAGAGGAGGAGGUUGACAGCUGCGAGGGUGACGAUGACUUGCCAGUUAAGAAAAGGAAACUGGGCAAAAAUCCUGACGUAGAUACCAGCUUUUUACCAGACAGGGACAGAGAGGAGGAGGAGAACCGACUGAGAGAGGAGCUGAGGCAGGAGUGGGAGAGGAAGCAGGAGAAGAUUAAGAGUGAGGAGAUUGAGAUCACAUUCAGUUACUGGGAUGGAUCCGGACAUCGUAGGACUGUGAAGAUGAAGAAGGGCAACACGAUGCAGCAGUUCUUGCAGAAAGCACUGGAGAUCAUGAGGAAAGACUUCAGUGAACUCAGAUCCGCUGGCGUGGAGCAGCUGAUGUACAUCAAGGAAGAUCUCAUCAUCCCACAUCAUCACAGCUUCUAUGAUUUCAUUGUUACCAAAGCCAGAGGCAAAAGUGGCCCGCUGUUCAAUUUCGACGUGCACGAGGAUGUCCGAUUGCUCAGUGACGCCACAGUGGAGAAGGAUGAGUCUCACGCUGGUAAAGUGGUCCUGAGGAACUGGUAUGAGAAGAACAAGCAUAUUUUUCCAGCUAGCCGAUGGGAACCCUACGACCCAGAGAAGAAGUGGGAUAAAUACACGAUCCGAUAAAGGAAUCUUCAAAAAAAAAGUCUGGGACCUUUUUUUUUUUAAAAUCCUGCAAGCACUCUUUUUUUUUUCUUUCUUUCUUCUAAAACUGUAACUGAAAGAAAAAAGGUUGAAGUUGAACUUUGACCCUUUUGGGGUCUGCAUUUUUGUGUUAAGCAUGGGUAUCGUUGUAUACAUGAAACGCCUCUGUUUUCAAAGCUGCCCGUAGCUGUAAGCUUUAUGACUCCUACAACGUUUUUAUUCUGCUUAGAUCACCUGGUCUUGUAACCAAGUACUAAAACCUAACUGUUCAAACACUUUCUUCUUAAAAUCACAUUGGAGGGCGACUGAAGUAUCGCUGACAAUUUGGAUGACCAGAUCCAGUACAUUUUAACCCCUUUUUUUUUUUUUCGUGUGCCUCGUCUUAUGCAUCUGUCUACCAACAGAUGAAUUUGUGAAUAAUCAGUUUCACAAAACUACAGUAGCAAGUUCGAUGACGUUUGUGUUCAGCGCCUUCCUGUCAUCAAGUGUCUUUCUGAUCGGCGCUGUGUAUUCAGAAAUAGAGACGUUUUAAUGUAUGAAAUAAGAAACCUAUAUAACUAAACCCACAGAGAGAGAGAGAGAGACGCUGUAAGUGAUCCCUACAUUUUUCUUGUUUUCAAUGUUUCCUCCUUAUGGUAAGCAAACUGUUAACAAAAUAAACACUGUUGUGAAAAUGA